AUGAAUUAAUUUAAUAAGGAAGAGUAUUUAUUUUUAGCUAAGAUUGCUUAAUAGACAGAAAGAUUUAAUGAUAUGAUUGAAUUUGUUAAAUAAAUCGAUGAAUUAGAGCUUACGAAAGAGGAACGUAAUACUCUUCAAUCUGCCUAUAAUAAUGUGAUUGGCAUUAAAAGAGCUGAGUUAAGGGUACUUUAGGAAAUCGAAGAAAGAGAAUCAAAUAGAUAGAAUGAUGGAUAAGUCUUACUAUAUAUUAAGAAUUAUUUAAUUAAAAUAGAAAAAGAGUUGCAGUAGAAAUGCCAGGAGAUAAUUAUAUUGGUCAGAGAUAAAUUAUUAUAAAAUGCAAAAUAGACUGAAAGCAAAGUGUUCUAUUUAAAAAUGAUUGGCGAUUAUAAUAGGUAUUUGGCAGAAUUCCAUUUGGAGAAUGAUUAACACAAUUCAAUUGAUCAAGCAAAAGAAGCUUAUAAAGAAGCUGUUCUUAUGGCAUAAACAAAAUUGUCUCCAACAUUGCCUUUGUAUUUGAGGUUAAUGCUAAAUACUUCUGUAUUCAUUUGUGAUAUUCUAUCCGAUGUCGAGGGAGCCAGAGAAUUAGCAAAAGAGUCUUAUGAAAAAGGGAUAUUAUUUUUGGACCAUGUCAAAGAGGAGAAUAUCAAAGAUUACUAAUGUUUGUUAUAAUUGCUUAGAAACUAAUUUAGAAAUGAAUAUAUUAAAUUAAUAAUGAAUAAAUUUAGCAGAGAAGAAUUUUUAUUCUUAGCUAAAAUUGCCUAACAAACAGAACGCUUUAAUGAUAUGAUUGAAUUCAUUAAGCAUUUCUUGGAUCAAGAAUUAAACAAAGAUGAAAGAAGCAUAUUAUCUGCAGCCUAUAAAAAUGUGGUGGGUAAUAAAAGAGCAGAAUUGAGAGUUCUCACUGCCAUUGAACAAAAGGAGUCAAGGAAAUAAACUGAUCAAUACACAUUAAAUUAUAUAAGAAAUUACAAACAUAAAAUAGAAGGAGAACUUAAGAAUUCAUGUGCAGAAAUACUCAAUUUAAUCGAUAGCACUCUUUAUCCAAAUGCAAAAUAAGUAGAUAGCAAAGUCUUUUAUUUAAAGAUGAAGGGAGAUUAUAAUAGAUAUUUGGCAGAAUUCUUAUUAGAUAAUGAGUAUCAUGCUGCUGUUGAAUAAGCGACACAGGCUUACAAAGAAGCUGAUGUCCUGGCCAAGUCAAAUUUAUCAACUACAUCUCCUAUUAGACUGGGUUUACAUCUUAAUUAAUCAGUAUUUUAUUAUGAAAUCCUAUAAAAUGCAACUGAAGCUAUAAGAAUAGCCAAUGAUGCAUUUGAAUAAGCUAUUGCUUAAGUAGAUACAGUCAAUGAAGAGAAUUAUAAAGAUUGCACUCUCAUUAUGUAAUUAUUAAGAGACAAUUUGACUUUAUGGAAUAAUCCUGAAGAAGAAGCUAACGACGAUUAAUGAAUUAUUAUAAAUCUAUUACAUUUAAAUCAAUUG